AGACGGGUGCACAGUACAGCCAUGAUAUCGCCCUCGCUCAGACGCUGGGUUCUCGCUCUCUGGCCCAGGGCUGUGCUGUUGCAGCCAUGUAGGGUGGGGGGGACACAGCACAGAGCAGUGAGUGGAGUAGGGGGGACACAGCAUAGAGCAGUGAGUGGAGUAGGGGGGACACAGCACAGAGCAGUGAAUGGAGUAGGGGGGACACAGCACAGAGCAGUGAGUGGAGUAGGGGGGACACAGCACAGAGCAGUGAGCGGAGUAGGGGGGACACAGCACAGAGCAGUGAGUGGAGUAGGGGGGACACAGCACAGAGCAGUGAGUGGAGUAGGGGGGACACAGCACAGAGCAGUGAGUGGAGUAGGGGGGACACAGCACAGAGCAGUGAGCGGAGCCGCAACCACAGCGAUAACGGAGGACAAAAACCUAAAGACCUACGACGAUUUGCCUGGACCCUCUCUGCUCACCAAUCUCUAUUGGUUCUUCAUCAGAGGAUACUUGCUCUAUUCCCACGAGUUACAGCUGGUUUACGUAAAGCGCUAUGGCCCAUGGUGGAAAGCGACAAUCGGCAACUACAAAAUGGUGUGCAUCACCGACCCAGCCAUCUUGGAAAAGGUGGUGCGACUGGAGGGCAAAUAUCCGCUGCGGAAUGAGUAUGACCUCUGGAGGACCCACCGAGAGCUGCGCAACCUGGCCUACGGGCCGUUCACUGAGCAAGGAAACAAAUGGCACGCCCUGCGCACCAUCCUGAACAAGAAGAUGCUGAAGCCAGCCGAAGCCAAGAGCUACGCCGGGAGCAUCAACGACAUUGUUUCAGAUUUCGUGGCCAGGCUACAGGAUUUGCGUAAAGAGAGUCCCACUGGCGAGAUGGUCAAUGACGUGGCGAAUGAGUUCUAUCGAUUUGCUUUGGAAGGCGUCUCCUAUAUUGUGUUUGAGACUCGGAUUGGCUGUCUGGAUAAGCAGAUCCCCGCAGAGACGCAGGGCUUUAUCACUUCAAUUGGUGAGAUGCUCAAGAAUUCCGUCUACGCCACGUACCUACCCCAAUGGAGCAGAGGAAUCCUACCGUACUGGAAAAAGUACUUAGAUGGCUGGGAUAGAAUCUUUAAUUUUGGGAAGAAGCUGAUAGAUAAGAAGAUGAGUGAGAUCCAGGCCAGGCUGGAGAGAGGAGAGGAGGUGCAGGGGGAGUACCUGACCUACCUGCUGUCCAGCGGAAAACUCACCAUGUCUGAGGUGUACGGCAGUGUGUCUGAGCUGCUGCUGGCCGGGGUGGACACAACCUCCAACACGUUAACCUGGUCUCUCUAUCAUCUGGCAAAAGACCCGCAGCUCCAGGAGACCCUGCACCAGGAGGUCAUUAAGGCAGUUCCUUUAGAUCGGAUACCCACCGCAGACGAUAUCACCCACAUGCCCCUGCUGAGGGCAGUAAUCAAAGAGACCCUGCGGAUGUAUCCAGUUGUUCCGACUAACGCAAGAAUCAUCACUGACAAAGAGGUGAUCAUUAAAGGUUUCAAAUUCCCCAAGAGGACUCUCUUCGUCUUAAACCAUUACGCCAUCUCCAGAGAUGAAGCCCAAUUCCCAGAACCAGGGAAGUUUUGCGCUCAGCGGUGGCUACGGGACGAAGGAAUGACCCAUCACCCGUUCGGUUCCAUUCCUUUUGGCUACGGGGUGCGAGCCUGCGCGGGCAAGAGGAUUGCGGAGCUGGAGAUGCAUCUGGCACUUUCACGGAUAAUCCGGAUGUUUGAGGUUAAACCCGAUCCCAACCUGGGAGACGUCAAAACAAUUGCUCGUAUCGUUCUAUCGGCAAACCGGCCCAUAAACCUGAGGUUCUUGGAGAGGAAAACUGCUUAGUGUACGAACUGAAACCAAAUGGCCCUCAGUGUGGCUCCUCCUGUAAUCCCAACUCUUGUUCUAACAAAUCUACAAACAGCCACUAGAGCCACGCUUUCCCCGACUUGUUCAUUCCUUGACUUAGUUGGGGUAGGCAGUACACUUUGGUGGGGGUGGGUCAGCCACGCC